AUGCUUUUCCCCAUCCCACUUCCUGAUUGUGACGACAGCAUCGCAUAUCGGAGACUGUUGUCAGUUCCUACACUCCAGGUGACAGCUGCAUUUGGCUCGGAGAAGCAGGCAGCACCCAUCCAAAGAAGAUCCACCCGAAUUUCCCGACACAGCAUGGUGGGCUGGCGUCGUAGCCGCAGUGAGCUGCCGUACCUGGCUGGGGUCGCCCUCGCCCUCAUUGGCAGCUGCGCCUGGUUGAUUUGCACCUACCGCCGCUUGCGUCGGGCAACUUCUGCGGACAGCGAUAUCAUGGUGCGCUUGGUCCUUUUCUUGGUGGCAAAGGCGGUCUUGCUGGCGCUUGAAAUCACAAUGCUUUGUGGAGCAUGGUCUGAUGUGAGCACUGGAUGGUACGUCGCCCUAGGGAUUCUGUUGUUGGACCUUCCGACGGUUGCUGCAGCUGUCACUAUGUGGAAGCAGGCCAAAAGAAUGAUGGCGCGAUUCCAGGAAGAGAGUCAGAAGAAACGCAAAGAGCGGCGCAGCGAGUACUUGGACAUGCUUCCGCGACUCUCCUUCCAGGAGUUCUCCGAGCGCGAGCAGGAGAACAGCGACGAGAACGAGUUUACAAAUGACAGGGUCCCAGACGAGAAAGAGAUCGGCAGCCACCAGCACAACAAGUGUUCUCAGGAUCAAUGCAUUAUUUGCCUUGCCGACUUCAAGCCCGAUUGCACAGUUGUUCGCCUCGACUGCGGCCAUGUCUACCAUGAGGGCUGCAUUUCCACGUGGCUCAUGGAUGAGAAGCGAGAUCCUUGCCCUUUCCGCUGCACCAACUUCCCAGCAGACUUGGUUCGCGCAGACGACCAAGCAGACCAAGAUGAUAGUGUGGUGGCAACGAGUUCCGCCACGGCAGCCACGCCGAGUGGCGAUGUUGUGGGCCGACCAUUGGAACGUUUGGAGGUGUAG